AUGUUAUUUGCUUUAGGAUUUGUUGUGUUAUUCACUAUCGGAGGGUUAUUAAAAAACCACUUAGCUCUCCCUUUAAAGACUACUGUAUGCUGGGAACUUCUGACAAUUAUGCUACUAGGUAUUUUUUUUAAAUUUCCAGUGACAAUGCAUAAUUUUGAACAAUCAGCAGGAAACCAACGGAUGCUUACAUGUAUCUUAGUAGGAUCCUCAGAGACUAUAAGUAGUCCAAAGAUUAAAAUAAUCUUUGAAGAUAUAGAUAAUAAAAAUUUAAAACCUGUAAAAGUUUAUAAUAGCUUAAAAGAAGAUAAGGAUCAAAUACUAAAAGAUCAAAAAGGUAAGUCUGGAGUUUACUAUUUAGUAAACAAGAUAAAUGGUCAUACUUAUGUAGGAAGUUCUAUUAAUUUGGCUUCUAGAAUGAAAAAUUAUCUUAAUAAUGCUUUUUUAAAAAGUAAACAAAAUAGUAAUAUGCCUAUAGUAAAAGCUUUACUUAAAUAUGACCAAUCUAACUUUUCUCUUUUAAUUUUAGAGUAUGUUGAACCUGAGUAUUUAAUAACUAGAGAAACUUUUUAUAUAACACAAAUUAUACCUUAUUAUAAUGUAUUAAAACAAGGUUAUUCUUCUUUAGGUUAUAAACAUACAGAAGAAACUAAAAAAAUGCUUUCUGAAUUAGCUAAAAAUAGAACACAUUCUGACAAAACUAAAGCUCUAAUAGCAAUAGCCUUAGUAGGUCAGAAUAAUCCUUUUUACGAAAAAAAUCAUUCUACUGAGUCUAAAAUAAGAAUGAUUGAGGCUAAAUCAGCUUAUCCUGUUUAUGUUUAUAAUUCCUUUAAAGAGUUGUUAGUUAUUUUUCCUUCAGUUUUAACUUUAGCAAAAUUAAUUAAGUCAAAUCAUCCAACACUAGUAGAUGUUAUCAAAGAAAAAACAAUAUUUAGAGAGUGUAGCAAACUAGUAUCAGAGAUUAUCAAUCAAAGUCAUAUUAGAAAAGCAGUGUUUGUGUAUGAUGAAAAUAAAAAAUUUAUAGGUAAAUAUAUAGGUGUAAUGGAUGCUGAAAGAACAUUCAAUAUUAAUCAUAGUAUUAUAAAAAAAUAUGCUUCUGUAGGUGGUGCCUACAAGGGAUAUAUUUUUAGUUAUGAAAGAAUAUCAGAUACACAAUAA